GCAGGGAGUGUGGCUUGUACUCUGAUUUCCCUACUGGCCGUCAGUGCGUGGCGCUCCCACAAAGACACCGAUUUCAUCGCUGGCUGGCUGCAGCAGGAUGCUGCACAGCCGGCCGCUUGGACAGCUUGCAUGCGGGAAGGUGCUCGGCUCAUGCACUUGUAUCUGCGGGACGUGGUGUCCAAGCAGCAGGAAGAGCUGCUGCUGCGAAUGGACCAGUUCUGUCUGCCAGACGAGGUCUGCGAGGUGCUCAUGGCAGGCACACUCAAGAAUUCCAAAGAUGCAGGAUGGUGCCGAUUACGGGAGCUUGCUAAGGAGGCUCGCUGGGAACGUCUCGCAUGCGGAACCAGUCUGCGUGCUGCGAUCGAGCUGCUCUGUGGGCAUCGGCUGUCUUUGGCAUCACACCAAGAGGCCGCUUACAUACUGGUAUCGGGAAACAAGUCCAGUCUGUGCAUUGCGUGUAGCCACAGUGCAUGCAGCGCUCUACAUUGCGACUCCCAUUGCUUCUCUGUCACGGCGACGGAGAGCUCCGGCAGCUGCCUCUUCCACGACCCACAAGGACUGGAGGCCUACAUGUGUCGCGGCGGUCGGGAUGCACUCUACAGACCAGAGCAGCCCAGCCACCUGUAUGCAGCCGUCUAUACUCAGCACAGACGGGGCAGGUGCUGCUGCCCGCCAGAUCCCAUGCAGUUGACACACACCAUCACGUACUCGACUGCAACCUCACAGACUGCAUUGUCUUGCAAGCCUGAGUGUGCACCAUCGCUGAAGCGAAACAUGGACAAGGCUUUCCCAGAGAAAGUGAUCCUCCUAGACACACCACCGGCCACGCCACCGAGAUCCAAGAGCAGCAAGCUGAAGCAGGAGCUUGACACGCCGCCGCACUCGAAGCCCGCUGUACCUGUGUUCCCUCCUGAGGGCAGGGGUUCCAAACGUGGGCGUUCCCCGGCAAGUCCCAAUGAGUCCGUGUCCUUGGUGAAGCAGGAGGAGGCUGAUCAGGCUUUCCCGGCAGGUCCCAGCGAGUCCUUGUCCUUGGUAAAGCAGGAGGAGGCUGAGCAGGCUUUCCCGCCAGAUCCCAGUGUGUGCUUGUCCUUAGUAAAGCACGAGCAGGCUGAGGCUGAGGAGGCAGAUGACAGUUUGCCUCUGUCAGCGCUGAGAUCGCCCUUGCCAGCAGUCGAGCCGCAGCUGAGCAGCACAGCCGGCCCCUGCACACACAGGCCCCUGCACUCCGAGAAGCUGAAGGGUCGCGAACUCCGUGCUCAGAACAAGCUCAUCAAGCAGGGAGCGGACAUUCUGUACUCCUAUGGCAUCACCUUCCAGAAACCUUUCUUCGUGGCGCACAACUAUAAUCACCCCAAGCACCACUGGCGUGAUUUCCAGAUUGCGGCGGCGGAGGGCAAGCUGGACGAGGUCACACGCGAGAUCUGCAAACGUCUGGUCCAGGACUGCAUGCAGGGCGACGGCAGCAAGGAGUUCAAGCCGCAGCAGCCAAGCAGGAUCUCCAUGGCGGAGCGCAUGGAGAUCCUGCGACGGGAGGAAGGGAUUGCGGAGCUGAAGAAAGGUCGCCCUCCGAAGGCUGGCAUCCCUCGCGAACUUCCUCUACACAUGCGGUUCUUCGAUUGGAUGUCUGAGCGCAGACCUGGAUGCUACGAGCAUAUCGAGAAAUGCAGGGUCCGAUGCCUCGUGUGCGACUGCGUGGUAGACAACAAGCGGGGGAACAGUAUCCAUCUACUCCUUCAACAUGAAAGCACCGACGGCCACUGGUCCAGGACCCGUGCAACCAAGCUUCCCCGCUGUCAGGGCAUACCCGUCGCUAAGAUGGAUCCGGGUGACCAUAAAGAGGACGCUGCAUGGCUGAGAGCAGACCAGUGCGAGGAAGCGGCCACAGAGCUGAAAGAGGGAGACCGUGCAUGCAAGAAGUGUUGCAAGCUCGCCAACGACGAUCGGUUCAUCGGCAGGGUUGUCGAUUGGGCUCUGACCUUCGACAUGAUCCGCCUGCUGCACGUGCUGUACACCCAAAACCGGGUUGAGCAUCGCCGCGUCACUGCGGACAUGCAGCACUCUGACUAUGCCGACCACCUCCAGCCUAUCUACGGCGUGUCUGAUGUCGGUGCUUUGUCCUACGGCGACGUGCAGCAGGUGCUGCACAGGCUCCAGGGCAAUCUGCCGAAGGCCUACUUGAACGACAGCGGUCAGAAGUAUCUCUCCGCCAGGCAGGACAAGUUGAUCCAGUACGAGUGGUACUGGCUGCCGAAGCUGCUGCCGCAGACCGGGCCCACUGAGGGCUGCCUGCGACGACACGUUGACCUCAUGAUUGGCGCUCCUGGUGCGCAUGCGGAUCUACAGCCUCUUUCGCAUUCCAUGUCCGAGAGCCGCCUGCAGGAGCAAGAAACUUGCCGGACUUUGCUCUCAUGUGUCCUUAGCCGCUCUCAGAUGCUCAGUCGGAACUCCAAGCGCCUCACCACGACGAAGAUCCCAGGUGUCGACGACCAGGCCUUGGCAGACGUAGGCUUCCUUUUGUCCAGCGUCUCGUCCAAGCAAGGUCUGAUGGCCUUGUUCGGGUUGAAUCACAGAACACUUGGCAGCUGUCCUGUCCACAAUCCUGGCCUUCCUGACUUUUUCGAUGCGGACACGGAGGUUCCAGAUGAGCUCGGGGGGAAGUCGCAGCUGAACCACAACGUGGAGCGUGUGCUGGAUCUUCUUGAGGUAGCUUCUUCCCCCACGAGAAACACUAUGAUAUCCUUCGACGAGACUUGCUGCUGGCCAACCUAUGCCACGUAUGCAGAUGCCCGAGGCAGCUUCUUCAUCGGGGGUGCCGACAGCGAAACCCGCCUCGAGACUGGAAAGGUUCACGCCAGCGAGCUCCAGAAGUCCAGAUUGGCUCAGACUGUCGUCGUCUACCUCCUCAAGCGGGUGGACAGCAACAAAAUGGCCUACGACAUCCUCAUGCGCCCUCGUCGUCUGAAAUCAAUCACAGCCAGUUCGAACCUCGAAGAAGCUGGUUUGAUCUGGGCGGCUGUGACACAGGAGCACGGCCUGCCACCUUUGGCUCAGGCGCACGACAAUGCACCGACACAGGUCGUGUUCAGUCAGCUGCUGCUUGGUCUCCUGCCGCCCCACACCUACGGCGACAAGACGUUCUGGUGCAACUGUAGUCCGAAGAAGUACCCAGUAGCUCUGCCGGACUACUCGUUCUGUUCUCUUCACUUUGGCCAACACCCGCUCUUCGAUCAUAAUGAUUCGGCUCAUUGUCAGAAAAACUUGGUGGAGGCUGUCCGGAAGAAAACCCGAACGCUGUGCUGCACUGGACACUACGUCACCAGGGCUCCCCUCGUGUACAAUGGAAUGCCAGAUCGAGCCUAUCGUGGUUGCGACAUCCAGAGUGACGCCGAAGCUGCCCACAACCUAUCGCCCGCAUACUUGAAGACGGAGACCUGGGAUGGUUGGGGUGCAGUCCUGUGGCAGUACCAGUCCUGCUUGGUCACCGGUGCAUGGCUUGCAGCUGCGAUCUAUGAUCCGCUGCGACUGCUGGAACAG